AUGACGGAAGUCUGUUACAACGCAGCAGAGCCAUUGCCGCUCGACGAGGAGUGCGUGCACGGGAGGCUCGGCAACGGGCUGACGUACUACGUGCGGAACAACGGGAAGCCGGAGGCUCGAGCUGAGCUGAGGCUCAUCGUCAAGGUCGGGUCAGUGAACGAAGAGGAUCACGAGCAGGGAGUGGCGCACAUGGUUGAGCACCUGGCGUUCCGAGGGACUGCCAUGUUCAACACGUUCCAGGUGGUGAGGUUCCUCGAAGCCAUCGGCGCCAAGUUCGGGGCCUGUCAGAACGCGUACACGGCGUUCGACGAGACUGUCUACUUCCUGAGGGUGCCCAUCGACACCGACAACCUGCUGGAACGGAGCCUCAUUGUGCUGCGAGAGUGGGCCUUCCACAUCCGAUGUACCGAUGAUGACGUAAACAAGGAACGGGGCAUCGUCAUGGAGGAGUGGAGGCAAGGGCGGACAGCGCACGGCAGGACGGACGAGAAUUACUUCCAGACUCUCAUGGACGGGUCGACGUAUGCGAGGAGGCUGCCGAUUGGAAAGAUCGACGUGAUCAAGCACUGCAAACCCUCUGUCGUGCGCGACUUCUACAAGAAGUGGUAUCAUCCUCAGAGGAUGGCGGUGGUGGCGGUGGGAGACUUCGACAACUACAGUGGAGGAGUGGAAGAAGUGGUUCGCAUGAUCCAGGAGAUCCUCGACGUCACUCCUGCCAGUGAGUGGCGGGAGCCUCUUGCUGUCUCUUUCCCUCAUCAGGUCGAACCGAAGCUGUCCAUUUUCAAGGACCAAGAGGCCACCAACGCUUCUGUCAUCGUCGACUGCAAGCGUCCGAGGCAGCCGGUGAACACGCAUAGGGACUACAGGAGGACGAUCCUAGAGUACCUCUUCCAUGAGGCCUUGUCGAACCGCCUGUACAAGCUCGGCGUCUCCCUCGACCCUCCCUUCUACAGCGCUGUGACCACCAUCAGUCUCCCAACGAGCAUCAUGGAGACUUGCUCCAUCGCCAUCUCCAUGCAGGAGGGGCUUGAGCUGCGAGCGCUGCGGGCGGUGCUGGUGGAGGUGGAGCGAGUGAAGAGGAGAGGGUUCUCUGUGUCGGAGCUGAGCAGAGCCAAGGCAAACCUGAUGUCCGACCUCGAGGCGGAUCAGCUCGAGAAGGACCAGCAUGACAGCGACUUCUUCUGCUCCGAGUACGUGGAGCACUUCUGUCGGGGGGAGCCCGCGAUGGGAGUGGAGCAUGAAGUGCUGCUGUGCAAGGCUGUGCUGCCUGGGAUCACCUGCGAGGAGGUGGCGGCGGUGGCGAGAGACUUUGACUGGACGGGUGACUGUGUCGUGAAGAUCACGAGACCCGAGAGCUCCUGGCUGAAGAGGAUCCUGUCCCAUCGCUCCCACGGCUCCCUCCCCCUCCUCUCCGUGGACAGCAUGCGGAAAGUCUUCGAGGAGGUGGCGAGGGUCUCCCCCGACCUGACUGACUGGGAGCAGAGCGAGGCCCUCGCGCUCUCGGACGUGCUGAAGCCUCCUCCUUCCCCUGGCACCAUCGUGUCGCGUUCGGAGUACCGGGAGAUGAAGAUGACGGAGCUGCAGCUGAGCAACGGGAUGCGCGUGUGCUACAAGAAGACCAACUUCCUGGACGACGAGGUUCAGUUCAAGGGCUUCGCCAUGGGCGGCCUGUCAGAGCUGAGCAAGAAGCAGCUGCUCUCAGGGAGGAUGAGCACCUCGAUCGCCAGCGAGAUCGGAGCCUUCGGAGUCCGUCCUGGGGAGCUGGUGGACAUGCUGGCGGGCAUGCGGGUGACGGUGAACACGGAGAUCUCCACUUACUCGCGAGCCUUCGGAGGAGAGUGCAGCCCGACGAACCUCGAGGCUGCUCUGCAGAUGAUCCACCUGCUCUUCACCUCCCAGCUGCAGCCCAGCCAGGAUCAGGUGGCGGUGCUGCUGAGGAUGACGAGGGAGCAGAUCGAGAACCAGGGGAGGAGCCCCCAGGCCCUGUUCUCUCAGAAGGUUAUGAGCCUCAACACCUCCCACAACGACUUCUUCGUGCCCCUGAAGCCCUCGGACGUGGACGAGAUCGACGUGUUCCUCUCCUCCUCCUUCUUCCGCCGCUGCUUCAGCGACCCCUCCAACUUCGUCUUCGCCCUGAGCGGGAACAUCGAGGAGGAGAAGUUGCUCGCGCUCGUGGAGGGAUACCUCGCCUCCAUCCCCAGGCUGUCGCAGGAGGAGGAUCUGGGCUUCAGCCGCGUGCCUCGCAUGCCCAACGAUCGGGAUUUGCUGCGUCCUGUCUCCUUCGAGUUCCCAGCGGGGAAGGUGGAGGAGCACAUGAGGAUGAGGAUGGUGGACCCGCUGUGCUACUGCCAGGUCACCUUCCCCAUGUUCAUCGAGUGCUCGGGGGCGGAGCUGAGGGAGACGAUGCUCCUUGCGCAGGCCAUGCAGCUGCUCGAGACGCGACUCAUCGAUCGCCUCCGCUUCCAGCGCGGGGUCGUCUACAACGUCCUCGCCUCCGCUGACUUCUCCUCCUCCCAUCCCUCGCACUCUCAGCCCCUCCACGGCCUCGCCGGCAUCUCCUGGACCUGCCAGCCCCACCACAUCUCCACCCUCGCUGGGGUGAUCCUGCGAGAGCUCGAGCAGCUCAAGGCCGAGGGCCCGACGGGGGAGGAGGUGGCGACGAGGCUGGAGAUCACGAGGAGGGAGUUCGAGACCUCCAGCAAGCACAACUCCUGGUGGGUGGAGCGGAUGGUGUCGGGCUACGGGAGCAAGAGCUACAAGGGAAACCUGGGGCUGUGCCUGCAAGAGCUCGAGGACGUGCGGCAGGAAGUUCUCUCCUCCCUCUCCCCGGAACUUCUCCGCCAGGUCUUCUGCCGUCGCUUCCCCGACCUCGAGCGUCGCACGUUCGUGUCCCUGCGGCCUUCAUGGAGCACCAUGCUCCUCUCCGCCCUCCGCCUUCGCUUCGCCGUUGCUCCCGUCACCUCCUCCUUCCUCGCCGUCGGGGCGACGCUCCUUGGCAGCCUCCUCGUGCUGGCGACCCUGCGGGGGAUGCGAGGAGGAGGUCUGGGGCAGCUCAUGAGAAAGCUCCUCAAGUGA